AAUUGACGUCGUGACGUUGAGGUUGGGGUUCGAGGUUCACUCCGACCCGACAGUUUUCGCCGCUCAGUCUGUUGCUGUUGUUUGCCAGAGGAACCGUCGGCUUUAUCAAGCAACAGUUUCUCAAGGACACUUCGACAGUUGCCGAAUCUUCGCUAAACUCGCUCAAAAUGUUCAAGUGCACCAGGAGGCUGUCCCAGCUCGCCCAGAUCACUGGGCCUGGACGCAACAAUGCCAGCACUCUGGUGGUUGCAGAGCACAACAACGAGGCUCUUGCUCCGGUUACGCAGAAUGCCUUAGCCGCUGCCUCUCAGCUCGGUGGAGAAGUCUCGGUGCUUGUGGCUGGAACCAAGUGUGGAUCUGUGGCUGAGAAAGUAAGCAAGCUGAAAGGUGUCACUCGGGUUCUUGUCGCUGAAGGCGAUGCCUUCAAGGGAUUCCUUCCCGAAAGCAUGACAUCGCUUGUUGUGAAAGUACAGAACGACCUCAAAUUCAGCCACAUUCUUGCGGGUGCCUCAGCUCAGGGCAAGGCGCUUUUGCCUCGUGUUGCUGCCAAGCUUGAUGUUUCUCCUGUUUCUGAUGUGACUGGGAUCAAAGAUGCUGACACUUUUGUGAGAACCAUUUAUGCAGGCAAUGCUAUCAUGACCCUAAAGUCAAAGGAUGCUGUCAAGGUGGUGACAAUUCGGCCAACCAGUUUUGCUCCUGUCACUGAAGAAGGUGGAAGUGGCAAGAUCGAUCAGGCCCCCUCUGGUUCAUUCAAUUCAGCUUCAAGUGAAUUCGUUGGCCAAGAGCUUGCAAAGAGUGACCGCCCUGCAUUGGCUGGCGCUAAAGUAGUUGUCAGUGGAGGACGUGGCAUGAAGUCAGGAGAAAACUUCAAGAUUCUUUAUGCGCUUGCUGACAAGUUGAAUGCCGCUGUUGGAGCUUCUCGUGCUGCAGUUGAUGCUGGAUUUGUGUCCAACGAUCUUCAAGUGGGCCAAACUGGCAAAAUUGUUGCACCUGAACUGUACAUUGCUGUUGGCAUCUCAGGAGCAAUCCAGCAUCUUGCUGGCAUGAAGGAUUCCAAAACAAUUGUUGCCAUCAACAAGGACCCUGAAGCUCCCAUCUUCCAGGUAUCUGACUACGGCCUUGUCCAAGAUCUGUUCAAGGCUGUGCCAGAGCUCACAGAGAAGUUGUAAUAAUUUUUUAUUAUAAUUAAAGACAUUAUAUUUUGAUGUGCUAUGAGAUCUUUAUCACAUGAAAGAUGUUAAGUGAGUCAUUCAUUUUUGUUUUAAUACUAAUCCUCUUUUUACUGAUCUUAGAGACUUUUUUAUUCAUUGCUGUAACCAUGUGCCCUUUGUAAGUGAACGGUUUAUUAUCUAUGUACAUAUUCUGGAUGUUAUCAAUUUAGUUCUUUCUGUGAUAUAAAUAAAGCUGUCUUUCCUAA